AUGGGUGCUCCAGGAGGGUUCCGGAGGACGGCCAGGGCGACGAAAACCGAUCGGCCGGAGCAUGGCCACGAAUCGGGCGACCGUCGUCGCGGUGGUCCUGAUGGCGGCGGCUCACCUGACAGGCGCCAGCUUAACUCAGCAGUACUAUUCGCCACCGCAGUCGAGUCCACCGCCACCGCCGCCCCAGUCGAGUCCGCCUCCCCCGUCACCUCAGCCGAGUCCACCGCCGGCGCCGCCCCAAUCAAGUCCGCCUCCGCUGCCCCAAGCGAGUCCGCCGCCACGCCAGUCGAGUCCGCCGCCGUCGACUCCAAGUCCGAGCAGUUACGGGGGCUUCCAAGCGUCUGGAGAUUCUGGCAAUGCCCGUUAGGCGGUGCGUGCGGGUAUAGUGGCAGUGACAUCGCGAAGCUCUAUUCAACGAGAACGGCGGCCCUCAGCACGCCGAUGUUCUCCGAUGGUGAUGGGUGUGGGCGGUGCUACGAGAUCCAGUGUGUCAAGUCCAAGUGGUGCACUAAGGGCUCCCCUUCCAUCAUCAUCACAGGCACCAACCUCUGCCCGCCCAACCAGAACAAGCCUAACGACAAUGGUGGCUGGUGCAAUCCUCCGCGACAACACUUUGAUUUGGCGCCUCCAUCCUUCAAAACACUUGCUGACAAGGUCGCCGGCAUCAUCCCUGUCCAAUUCCGCCGUGUCCCCUGCCAGAGGUCUGGCGGAGUCAGGUUCUGCGUCAAGGGAAACAACAACUGGCUCCUACUCCACGUCAUGAAUGUCGCCGGUGGCGGUGAUAUUAGCGAGAUGGCUGUCAAGAUGGCCGGUGGUGACUGGGUACAGAUGUCGCAGAAUUGGGGCAUCACAUAUCAGGCAUACGCCGCGAUGGACAAAUCCAAGGCCCUCACUGUUAGGAUCAUCGGUGGCUCCUCGCCGCAACAGACCAUCAUAGUCGCUGACGCCAUCCCCGCAAGUUGGUCUACUGGACUCUGCUACCAAGGAUCAAAUAACUUCUGGUGAUCCAUAUACAUGCUCCCUGUUAAUUGUAGUGCAUCAACUCGAUGCAUUACUUGUAUUAAAAAAUUAAGCAGUUUACAGGACCAGACUCUUAAUUUUCUAUGUUUCAUGGGUGUGUUUCUCUCUUGUCUA